CGAGUCCUCAAGAAGAGCCAUGGGUGGGAAAAGUUCGACACCAGCGGGUAGCAGUGAACCUGAAGAGAGCUCUGCCGGGAAAGAAGGAAACCUCUCAGAUCUAACUGUGUCAGGAAAAACCACACUUGACAUUGCCAUCACAGGAGUAUCAGGUGCUGGUAAAUCAUCCCUUGUCAAUGCCCUGCGAGGGAUAUCAGAUUAUGAGGAGGAGGCAGCCAAAAUAGAUGUAAUAGAAAAAACAGCAGAGCCAAAGGGUUACCCACACCCCACCUUUCCAUAUGUAAAAAUAUGGGACCUACCAGGAAUUGGGACACCUAAUUUUAAAGCUGAGGACUACCUAGAGAGGGUAAAUUACAGCAAAUAUGAUUUCUUCAUAAUUGUUGCUUCAAAUCGCUUCACUGUCUAUGACAUCCAGCUGUCCCAUGCAAUUCAGAAAAUGAAGAAGCAGUUCUACUACACGUGGUCCAAGAUGGACAUUCACAUUACGAAUGAAAAAACGAAACCAGACUUCAGUGAGGAAGAAACCCUUCAACAAGUCAGGACAUAUUGUUUUGAUAAUUUUGCGAACGCUGGUAUUUAUACUCCACACAUUUUCCUCAUCUCCAAUUGGUACCGAGAUAAAUACGAUUUCCCCUUCCUGCAAAGGACCUUAGAGAAUGAAAUUGAGGCUCUGAGGAGACGUAUCUUAAGAACAACUGACAAAUCAACCAAACCAUCCAAACAAAGUAGAAUCCUUUUCAGCUUCCUUGAAAAAACCUUAAAAAUUGACCUUGCAAUACUGAGGGAUGCUCUGAAGGACAGAAAGCUUGAAGAGGUGGCUGAGGAAAUUAAUAAACAAUUGGAUGGACUGAAAAACGUCAAGCUUGACAUUGCCAUCACAGGAGUGUCGGGUGCUGGUAAAUCAUCCCUUGUCAAUGCCCUGCGGGGCAUGACCGAUUACGAAGAAGGUGCAGCUGGGUCUGGAAUAAUACAAACAACUAUGGACUGUCACAACUAUCCUCAUCCCUUAUUUCCGAAUGUAACCAUAUGGGAUCUACCAGGGAUUGGGACACCUGAAUUUAAACCAAAAGAUUACCUAGAGAAGGUCAAUUUUAACCAGUAUGAUUUUUUCAUGAUUGUCAGCUCGGAACGUUUCACUGAAAAUGAUGUCCUCCUGGCCCAUGAAAUUAGGAAAAUGAAGAAGAAAUUUUACUUUGUGCGCUCCAAAAUGGAUGUUAGUAUGGCUGCUGAAAUUAGGGACCCAAACUUCGAUGAAGAUAAAUCUCUUCAGAAGAUACGAAAAUAUUGCUGUGAUAACCUGACUAAGGUAGGAGAAUCUAAUCCAAGGGUUUUCCUCAUCUCCAGAUAUAAUUUAAAUAUGUAUGAUUUCCCAGAUCUGCAAGAAGCCUUGGAAAAUGACCUGGAUGAUCUCAAGAGACACGCCUUAAUUUUGGCUAUGCCACUUUUCUCAAGAAAAAUCCUCAAAAAGAAAAUGGCUGCAAUGGAGGCCCUUAUAUGGAAACUCGCUAUUGUGUCCUGUGCUAUCGGGGUGAUUCCUGUCCCAGGACUUGCUUUGUUCUGUGAUCUUAGCAUCUUGGUAGGUGCGCUGAUCCAUUUCUACAAAGCCUUUGGCUUGGAUGAAGAGUCCCUCCGCAGAGUUGCCAAGGUGUUUGGCAAAGAUUACCAAGUGCUGAAAUGUGCAAUUAAAAAUUCUCCAAUGUCCAGUGAGAUUUCAAAAAAAAUUGUAGUUGAACGCUUGAGCCAGUCGUUUCUGUGGGCAAAUCUGAGAAUAAUUGAACUGGCCUUGGAUUUCGUACCAGUAUUGGGCUCUCUGUCUGGAGGAGCUAUUUCCUUCGUCACCACAUUCUACAUGCUGAGGAGCUUCUUGAAGGACAUUGUGGAAGAUGCAGUGAGUGUUCAGGCAAAAGCAAUUGAGCCUUGACCAUCACGAUGUCCUGGCUCAAAGACCCAAGACACCAACUGGGAAAGAGAAGCCCAAAUGCAAAAUGUGUGGAAUUAUUCACUGGACCAGAACUCAAUAACAAGUGCAAAAGGCAACUGGAUUUGAAUUUCAGAUCAGAAGCUUAUUUUUCUUUUAAUUGAUUCCUAAGUUAAUUGAGCUUUUCAAUAUAAAAUUACA